AUGGUUGAAAUGACAUAUCGAGGGGCAAGGACCACCGUGAGAACACGAUCGGAGUCGGUCUGCACCAAGAACGACUUGGUAGUAGUGGCAGACAGUGAGGUGGAGCUACAGAGAAGAUGGAUGAGGUGGCAGAUUGGAAUGGAGAGCAAGGGUUUGAAGGUAAACACCAAGACUGAAGUUAUGGCAAGUAGCAGGAGGGAUGUGGAAGUGAACAUCAAAGACAAGGACUUUGCUAGGCUCAGGCAGGUCCAGGAGUUCAAAUACCUUGGAGUGACCCUAGAUGCCAGGGGAGGGUCGCAAGUGGCUAUGAGAGCUAGAGUGGCAGCAGCAUGGAACAAGUGGAGAGAGCUGUCAGGUGUUAUCAGUGACAGGAAGAUGCCUAGGAAACUCAAGGUGAAGCUAUACAGCGCUAUAAUACGACCUGUGCUCCUUUAUGGGGCAGAAGUAUGGACAAUGGGAAAGGAGGAGAGGAUACUGGAAGCAACAGAAAUGAGGAUGUUGAGAAGAAUGAAAGGUGUGACGCUGAGAGAAAGGGAAAGAAGUACUGACAUCAGGAGAGAAUUGGGAGUGAGUGACAUCAACGAGAAGGUCAAGGCAAUAAGAAUGAGAUGA